GAGAAAAAGAGCAAAGCGAAGUCCCAUCGAAAGAACACACGGGGGCGCAGCGCUGGUCAUCGACUCGUUCGCUCGCUCCCCACAUCAUCCCCGCUGCAGCACGCACCACCCCCUCGAUCUCCGUCGCCGCCUCCCCCACCCAUUCUUCCAGAACCUUCCGCAGCCCCCCAUCCCCCCCGGAGACUUCGAGAGCCUUCCUCUCGCCCUGAGAUCUCCCAGCGCCAUGGUGUGGUCGUGACGGCGGCUGCGGCGGAGGCGGAGGCUUCAUGGACCCCAUGUCCCCCGACGACCGCCCCGAGGCGGCGGCUGCUCAGCAGCAGCAGCAGCAGCCGUUGGAGUGGCGGUUCGCGCAGGUCUUCGGCGAGCGCGCGACCGGGGAGGACGUGCAGGAAGUGGACAUAAUUUCUGCAAUUGAGUAUGACAAAUCUGGCGACCAUCUUGCCACUGGAGAUAGAGGUGGACGUGUGGUUUUAUUUGAAAGAACAGACGCCAGGGAUAAUGCCAGUCGAAGAGAACUUGAGAGGCAAGAUUACCCGGUUGCUAGGCAUCCUGAGUUCCGUUACAAGACCGAAUUUCAGAGUCAUGAACCUGAGUUUGACUACCUAAAAAGUUUGGAAAUAGAGGAGAAGAUUAACAAGAUCAAGUGGUGCCAAACAGCCAACAAAGCACUCUUUCUCUUGUCUACAAAUGACAAAACAAUAAAGUAUUGGAAGGUGCAAGAGAAAAAAGUGAAACGAGUUUCAGUGAUGAAUUUGGAUACCUCCCAAAGUUCAGACAAUGGUUCAACUUCAAGUUCGGGUACCAGUAGCUGCAGAGCUCUUCUUCCAAAUGGCGGAUGCUCAGAAAAGUUGUGCAGUCCAAACAACAAUAUUUCAUUUCCUCCUGGAGGAUGCACAUCAUUGCGUUUGCCUGUGGUGGUCACAGGCCAAGAUUUAAACCAUGUCGCGAGAUGCCGACGUGUAUAUGCACAUGCUCAUGAUUACCAUAUUAAUUCCAUUUCAAAUAAUAGCGAUGGCGAAACAUUCAUAUCAGCAGAUGAUCUGCGAAUAAACCUGUGGAAUUUGGAAAUUAGCAAUCAGAGCUUCAACAUUGUUGAUGUGAAGCCUGCAAACAUGGAGGAUCUAACUGAGGUGAUUACAUGUGCGGAGUUCCAUCCAACUCAUUGCAAUACACUAGCAUAUAGUAGCUCAAAGGGUUCUAUGCGGCUUCUUGACCUGCGGCAGUCAGCACUGUGUGACAACCACGCUAAGCUAUUUGAAGAGCAUGAAGCACCUGGAUCAAGAUCCUUUUUUACAGAGAUAAUUGCGUCAGUUUCAGAUAUAAAGUUUGCAAGGGAUGGAAGACACAUUCUUAGUCGUGAUUACAUGACUCUCAAGUUAUGGGAUCUAAACAUGGAUUCGGGGCCAGUUACAACUUUCCAAGUUCAUGAAUACUUAAGGCCUAAGCUUUGUGAUCUAUACGAGAAUGACUCAAUAUUUGACAAAUUUGAAUGUUGUCUCAGCGGGGAUGGAGUUCGUGUUGCAACUGGUUCUUAUAGUAAUUUAUUUCGUGUUUUUGGUUGUGCUCCUGGAAGUACGGAGGCAUCCACUUUGGAAGCCAGCAGAAAUCCCAUGAGGCGUCAGGUUUCUAAUCCAGCAAGGCCUACACGGACUCUGACCUCUUUGACCCGAGCCGUGAGGAGAGGUGGAGAAAACACAAGCAUUGAUGCCAAUGGAAACUCUUAUGACUUGUCAACAAAAUUGCUCCAUCUUGCGUGGCAUCCAACCGAAAAUUCCAUCGCGUGUGCUGUUGCAAAUAGCUUGUACAUGUAUUAUGCAUAGGGAAUGUGCUAGGGAAAAUUGAUUGUUUUUUUUGUUGCUCGACGUGAAAGCUUUGGCCUUCAACAUGGAACCAGGGAAUAUGGUGCAUGAAAUUGUUCCAAUUCCAAGAUUGGGACCAAAAGAGGCAGUCGGUGACCGCAAUAUUACUUACCACGCCAGACUGCUUCCUUCCGAUUCUUUAGUAAAUGAGAUGUAUUCUGAUCACAUCAGAAGCUUUUGGUCCCGAGAUACUAUUGUAGCGAAUUGGUUGUUGAAGGAUAAAGCAGAAGAAGAUAGUCGAAGGCUGAUGCUAAUCCCACCAAAGUCACAGGAACAUCUGAUCACGACUCACAAAGGUUGUAAGAUUUCUUCUUUUUUCUUUUUUCUGAUCACAUCAGUUGUCAUGAACUUUGAGAUCUUUGAGCAUAUUUUUUUUUUAUCACAGCUACUGUAGUUAUUCUC